UAAGAAAUAUAUGGCAACACCGCGCAACAAUGGAACGUGCGAUUUGUUUUGGUUUUUCGUUUGCACGUUUUUAAGUAGUUGAUUUGGAAAUAACUACUUUUUCUAGAAAAAUAAAUUAUUAUAAUGAAAGCUAAAAAUAAUAAUGAUAAAAAUAAUAAGCUGCGCCAGCGGCUUACACAACUAUUUGAGAAGGGAAAUGUCAAAGUAAAGCAAGUUAAUAGUAAUGCUCAGAAAGACGAGUUAAAGACGAAACUUCCUAUCAAAAUGAGCAAUGCUCAUAAAGAUAAGUUGAAGACGAAGCCACUUCCAACAAAAAUGGGCAAUGGUCAUAAAGAGGAGUUAAUGACGAAACCGCUUCCUAAAACAUUGGAAAAACCUAAAAGUAAUAUAAAAGUUUCUACUAAAGUAAAGACAGAAAAUAAUAGAAAGAGGAAACUUCAACAAAAUGAUGCUAUCAAGGAGGAGAACAUAUCAAGCACCCUUUCAAAAAAGAAAAACAAAAAUGUAAAAACAGUUGGCAAAGCUAAGCACCAUGAAGUCAAAGUGACUGCAAAAAUUAAUGGCAAAGCUACGGAAACGUGCAAAAGCACUAAAAAAAAUACAGUUGUGAAGAAAAAGCCAAAAAUUGAUUUGCCUUUGGUGCAGCACAAUGGAAGUAAUAAUGUGGAAACGUCGGGUAGCGAAGAUAGCGAUUAUUAUUAUGAUUCCGAUGAGGAUUAUAGUUUCGAAGAUGACUAUGGACAGUAUGAUCAAUAUGACAGUUAUACUGAUGGUUCUGAUGCUUAUUCCGAUUCUGAUGAAAGUGAGCACUAUUUUGAUGACUAUGGCUAUGAAGACUCUGAUUCUGAAUACACUGAAUGCGAAAAUGAGGAAUACCAUUAUGACUCUGAUGUAUUUUCGGGUACUGAUCCAGAUUAUGAACUGCCACGAAAUGUGGCUGAAGAUCUAGUCAUACACAAAGGCACUGCACAGAAACAUGAUUUAGGAGAAGAGUAUAAUGUAGACUUCGAUAGUGAUAAUGAUGAGCCACAAGUCAUUGAAUUGGUUGCCGAAAGUACAAUUUAUGAAAUAAAACAACCGGAUGCAUAUGCCAAAACUGAGUUACAUAAAUUGAACCUGCAGUUUGUGCCACCAAAUAAAGCACAAAUAACGGAUGGCUUGAAACAAAAAGUUGAAAAUGCAAAUGACUGCCCACAACUAGUACCAAUUAUUAAUGAAGAUGGUUUUCAACUGUACAACUCGGAGAGUGAUUACAGUUCAUAUGAAGGAUUAAGUGAUGAAAGCUCUAUACCUGAUGAGGAUAUAAACCUGAAAUACACUUCAAGUGGAAAUGUUUGCGAUAGCGAUUGUGAUAGUGAAGAUAGUAUACAAAAUAAGAAACGAAAUCCCAUUUUUAAUAUAGGCAUCGUUAAUGUAGAAAACUGCAUUCCACAAGAAAGUAGUCGAGGUGUGAUUAGUUCAGAUGAAGCUGAAAUUGAACGACCGAUUUUUGAUCUACUCACUGCCGAAAAGUUACAUACAAAUAUUGAUAAAGACAAUUUUAUUACGGUUAGUAUAUGUGAGAGAACAACGACGCCAAAGCAAGUGGAAGAAACAGUUGAAAGGAAUCAUGACGAAGUAGCUACAAAGAAAGGUUCUGAGGAAGAGGUACAAAAUGCCAAUGUCGAUUUGCUUACACAGACCGUAAAUAAAGAAACCAAUCUAGAGGCUGGAGAGGAAGCUACAAGUGAUAAUGUUGAUUUGGCCACUCAACAUAUGAACGUGGUUGGCGCAGCCGAGGAGAUUGAACCCGUACAGGAACGAGGUACUUUUACCUCAAUUUUUAUAAACGCUGUCAAUUCGAAUCUUGUGCUUGUGCUGGUGAAAGAACCUUUCUAUUUAUAUGGAACAAUUUCUGUAACACUACUGGCAGGUAAAGUAGAAAUAUACGGCUAUAAGCCGCGCCUUAAUGAAGAGGUGGAGUUAUUUUCACCACGUGGCUGCUGUAGCGUUGAUAUAACCAGCAUUCCAUCAGAUCCUUCAACCAAAGAUAAAGAACUCGAAAAUUCAUUGGAUCCUCUGCGAUCAGCAUUUAGUUUAGUCGAUUUAGAGCGAAUAGAGAAGGCUUUUGAAAGUGGUCGGGAUGCAUUGCUGCUAUUAAAGCGUAAUAAUCGUCGAAAAAAAUUGAAAAAUAUUUUCAAAAAAUAUAUGAAUGAAAAUGUUUUUCCUAACAUGAAUUCCAUACACACAGAUCGGCCGCUCUAUGCCAGUGAAUACCUACUGGAUUGCGUAUUAAAUAUAGCUACUGAAAGAUCUUUGCGUAUACCUAAGGAGUAUCGUGAAUUAUACUUUACAAAACGAUCGAAAGUUGUACUCGCCGGUGGCAAGUCGGUGGGAAAGUCGACGCUUCUCCGUUAUCUUUUAAACCGUCGCUUGGAGCGUAGUGAACGUGUGCUUGUCAUUGAUCUCGAUAUUGGGCAAGCGGAACUUUUCACACCUCAAACGGUUUCAUGUACUGUUUUAACACAGCCUUUACUAGGACCUGGCUUCUUUCUUAACCACCAACCUACACGUGCGUACGCUGUUGGACACAGCAACAUAAUACUUUGCGCUCAAGCGUAUAUGCGCGCCGUUAAACAACUAAUUGAGUACUGUCAUUCAAACAAAGAAUUCGCGGAGAUGCCGUGGUUGAUUAAUACAAUGGGUUAUAAUAAAGGAUUUGGCUUGGAAGUAAUGCACGUUAUUACGCAACUAAUAAGACCAACCGAUGUGGUGCAAUUGCAAAGUAACCGAGAAAUAAAUAAUUUCGAUAUAUUAUUGCAUUCACAUGCGCUAGCGAGGUUGGAUCGUACGAUUUACACGCAGGAUGAAUUCAAAGCGGAAAAGAGUGAUUUACCAACGCUGGAGUACCGGCUGCAUGUCUUAUCUUCGGCUGUGUUACAAGAAAGUCGCUAUCAACGUGAUUGGGAAAUGAGUGCUAAAGAUUUGCGUUACGCAACGUUUUUAUCGCGACUAAGCGAGGUGUUGCAAGGUAGCGCUGAAUGGCUGACUGAUUGUGUGCCAUUUGGUGUUUUUAUUGAAAAGCUACACCUAGUGAAUUUGGUUUCCAAUAAAUCCACACGUGAAGAGCUGCUACACGCUUUCGAGGCUAAUUUAGUUUACUUGUGUAGGUGGGAAGAAGGAAAUAGCGGACCGCUCGAAUGUUUUGGCAUUGGCAUUGUGCGUUCUAUUGACCUCAAAAAAUUAUACUUGUUGCCAGCAAUGCCUUACGAUACACUAAGCGCGGUCAAUUGCUUAGCCUUGGGUGAGAUGCCACUACCGGCAUCGUUAUUCACAAAUCAAGGGCCCAAAGUGUCUAAUAUGGCGGCUUAUCUUUACAAUACUGUUGAUGCAAAAACUUCCAAAUCGAUUAAACAAAUUUACCAUCGCCCAUCACAAUUUCUGACGGGAAAACAUAAAAAUGUGCUCAACGAAUAAUGUAUCAAUUACAUUUCAUGUAUUCUCUAUUAAUGAAAUAAUGAGUAAAACAUUAAGUGCAUUACAAA